AUGUCUGUGGACGUGGGCUUGCUAGCAGUGUUGGAGAAGAGCGUAUCACCAGUUCAACAGGAAUUGGAAGCUGCACAGCAUUUCCUCGAGAAGGCUGCGGAGGCAGAUCUCGUCGGGUUGUUGCGACAACUGAGUGAUGUUCUAUGCAACGCAGAAUGUUCUCCGGUGGUUCGGAUGCAGGCUGGUCUCCAGCUUAAAAAUGCGUUAUAUUCCAAAGAUGCCAACAUAAAAUCCGUGUAUAAGCAGAGGUGGCUACAGUUAACGCCGGAUGAACGUCAAUACACAAAGAAAAACUGUCUGGCUGCUCUUGGGAUAGAAACCACUGCAAAUAGUUCUGCGGCUCAAUGUGUUGCCUACAUUGCAUGCGCAGAACUCCCAGCCAUGCAGUGGCCUGAUUUAAUGAAUCACUUAUUUGAGAAUGUGGUGACAGCGAGAAGCUCAGAAGUUUGCAAGCAUGCAACUUUCGAAACGAUUGGAUAUAUUUGCCAAACUUUCUAG